AUGACCGUCAAAGAUGAGGGAAAUUUUAAUACCGAGGAAGCAGAAUAUUCUGAUCUUUAUCCAAGAAGAAAGAAAAGUCAAAGUAAAAUCAGCACUUGGUUUGAUAAAAUUACCUUAAACGAAAAAAGGGAAAAUUAUCAAAAGUUGCAGUGUGAAAUUAAUGUUUUUCAAUGUAUGAAAAACAAUUAUAGUUUGUCAAAAUACUGCUAGGAAUAAAAAUCGAGUUCAUAGUACAUUGAGUCAUGAAAUGAUACAUAUGUUUGAUUAUUGCCGUAAUAAACUUGACCUACAAAAUUUAAAUCACUUAGCUUGCACAGAAAUAAGAGCAGCUAAUCAAUGUCAUUGUAGUUUUCUUGGUGCAUGGACUCGAGGAACUGCUUCACUUUUCAAUAUUAAAAAAGCACAUCAGAAUUGUGUUAUAGACAAGGCUGUUAGAUCAGUAAUUGCUGUAACGAAUAUAUCGAAAGAGGAAGCAACAAAAGUUGUGAUGCAAGUUUUCAAUAAAUGUUACAAUGAUUUAGAACCAAUUGGAAGACGCCUUCGUCGAAAUUCAUUGGAUAUAGAAAAAGCAUAUUAUGAUGGAAUGUAUUAUGGAUAUAUAGAUUAAUAUAUCUUUUAAAAUGUUAUUGAUUUCAAAAGGUCGUAGUUUUUUAUUGCAUUCUGUACUUUAAAAUAACACACUUAGAAAAUAGUAUUAUUUUGUUAUAUUAUUUAGUACUUGUCUUUAAUGAAACUGAAAAACUGCUACUAUUUUUAUUGUUCUAACUGCAAAAUGCUACAGUUGUAUGUAUUAUAAUUAUGAAACCACAGGUUUAAUGUCAAUAUUUUAUUUUUUAUAAAAAUUUUGAGUAUUUUCAUAUAAUAAAACAAAGAUAAGAUUUUUGUUGACAAUUUUAUGAAAUAUAUAUAUAUCAUCAGUCAGUUUAGUGAAUUGAGUAAAGAAUUAUUCAUUUGAUUUAAAAGUUUUUGAUCUUUACACGUACAUAGAAUAUUUUGUAUUAAAAGAAUACUAUCUUCUAUUCAAAGAAUGACCUUUCAGUUAGUUAUAUAGCAAAUUGAAAUGUAAGAAAUUUGCAAUUAUAUAAAAGCAGGAGCAUUAUGUAUAUUUGUAAUUUUUACAAAUACUAGAAUUAUAUAGUAGAAAUGAAAAAUUAUAUUAAAUGACCAUACAAUAUAAUUAAUGUUUAAACUGAUACUUCUUAAGUCAUUAAGAGUUAUAGUAAUAUAAUAGCUUUCAAUAUUAUACAAUACUGUUAACAACACAAGUACACACCUUAUAAUUAUCAUCAAAUGUUAUCCAGAACAUCCUCUACAUCCACAAUGGAUACAUUCUACUAUCCUACCUUCUUCAAGUUUGCCUUUAGGUACCCUGCAAAUGCAAUUUGUACCAAA